GGGACGGGACGGGACGGGAAGGUGGCUGUGCUCCGCACCGCCGGGACAGCGACACCGAGGCUCCCGGCUCGCAGCCGCUCCGCCAUGGCUCCCAGCUCCGAGCGGAUCUUCGACUCCCUGGGACACUUCGGCAGAUUUCAAGCGUUUGUUUAUUUUGCAUCUGUCUUUCAAGCUAUGUCAUGUGGUAUCCAUUACUUGGCCUCUGUGUUCAUGGCUGUUACUCCUAACUUUGUAUGUGGGAUCCCUGGAAACGUGAGUAGUGUUCUCUUCUACAACUCUUCUGAAUCAAGUUUAGAGGACAUCUGGACACUAUGGACAUCAACAGAAAAUUACAUUGUAGCCCGUCUGGAAAAUGGAGAAAUUUGGGAACUUAAUCAAUGCAGCAGGUCCAAACGAGAAAUGAGUUUGGAUCUGGCAUAUGAAUACAAAGGCAACAAGACAGUAUUUUCUUGUUCUGAUGGAUUUCUCUAUGAUGAUACAAAAUGGAAGAGCACUGUUGUUACGCAGUGGGAUCUGGUCUGUGACCGAGAAUGGCUUGCAAAAUUAAUCCAGCCUACAUUCAUGCUUGGAGUCCUGAUUGGAGCAGUGAUUUUCGGUGACGUUGCUGACAGACUGGGAAGACAGCGAGUUAUAUGGUUCACAAGUGCCGGUCAGUUUAUAUUUGGCAUCGCAGUGGCCUUCACAUUUGACUACUACAGUUUUGUGAUUGUGCGCUUUCUCCUUGCUAUGGUUUCAAGUGGCUAUCUGGUUGUGGCUUUUGUUUACGUGACUGAAUUUGUUGGCAUUAAAGCACGAACCUGGGCUUCUAUGCAUGUCCAUGCUUUUUUUGCUAUGGGAAUUAUGAUUGUGGCACUCGUGGGAUUUUUGGUUCGGACCUGGUGGGUCUAUCAGAUAUUUCUCUCCAUAGCGACUCUUCCCUUUGUCUUAUGCUGCUGGAUGCUCCCAGAAACACCUUUUUGGCUCCUGUCAGAGGAAAGAUAUGAAGAUGCACAAAAAGUAAUUAAUAUAAUGGCAAGAUGGAAUAAAGUAAGCACUCCCUGCAAAGUUUCUGAACUGUGCUCAGUCCAACAAGACGAUCUAGUGGAUGGUGGAAUGGGUGGCAAUGAUGCGGCCUCAACAAAGAAGCACAACAUCUUAGAUCUGUUUUGCAAUUGGCACAUUGCAAGAAGGACCAUCACAGUCUGGCUGAUCUGGUUCACUGGGAGCUUGGGGUACUAUGUCUUCUCCCUCAGUUCCGUCGAUCUAGGAGGCAAUGAGUAUUUAAAUCUCUUUCUCAUAGGUGCUGUGGAGUUGCCUUGCUAUAUCAUUGCUUGCAUUGGGAUGGACAAACUGGGAAGGAGAAACACACUCAUUCCGUUCCUUAUUUUAAGUGCACUGAUCUGUGUUUUAAUUAUGUUCAUACCUCAGGAUUUCAAUAUAUUAAUUAUCUUAGCAAAUAUGGCUGGAAAAUUUUCAAUAGGUGUGGCAUUUGGCCUUAUAUAUCUCUACACCGCUGAACUGUACCCAACAAUUGUACGAUCGCUUGCUGUUGGAAGUGGAAGCAUGAUGUGCCGUGUAGGAAGCGUGGUUGCUCCUUUCUGUGUAUAUCUGAGAAGUGUUUGGAUUUUCAUGCCACUUUUGAUCGUUGGAAUCGUGGCUCUUCUGAGUGGAAUAUUAACAAUAAUGCUUCCAGAAACACUGGGAAAACCAUUGACUAAUACUUUGGUGGAAGCUACAGAAAUGGGAAGAAACAAGACAAGCUGUUCAGGAAAGACUCCUCCAGCAGACAGUGGUGCGGCAUUAGAAAAGAUAGAGAUGUUUGGUCAAGAAACAGUCAACACUGAAAAAUAAAGCAACAGCAAAAUGGCUGUUUCCAAUUUUAAUCAUUAUAUAAUUUAUAAGAUAUUUUUAUUCAAGAAAUGUGACCAUUCUAUAGUAUCUGUGCCUUUUAAUUUGUCUCCAGUCUUGACUUUUCAACAGAGCAAAUAUAAAAAAAAUAUGUUUCCACAUGACUGAGGUACUGCAGAAAAUUUGACAGGAUUCUAGAUCCUUUAGAAAACUUGUCUGACUUGCUGUGACCAUUUGGAAUAAUUACUCUAAGUGUUGGAACCUACCUGAUUACACAUAUGUAAAAAUAUGCCAGUGCUUUGCUUCACAUUUUCUGCAGUUAGAUUUGUAGACCCAACCACAAAGUGCCUUGUCUGCUCCCAUCCUGUUGCAGCUGACAGUUACAGGCCUGAGACUUCAAAACAUGGUAAACUCAAACAGGUAUAAUGCAAGAGAAGCCCUAACUUUGCCUCAAGUUGUAUCAAUAAUUUCAAAGUCAAACUAAUUUAUUCUCUUUUUUUUCUGGUUUUCUACUAGAAAAGGUGCCAUUGCUAACAAAGGAAAGUAUUCUGUGGAACCACUUCUGACUGAAAAACUAAUACUAAGUUUGCAAAAUGUGCAAAUAGUUUGUGUACUCUUCAUUCUGUUGAAUGGCAAAUGUAUUUUUAUUAGUGGUUUAGAAAAAAAAUGUUCACUGGAUCUACUGUUGUCUUAGUAAGUCCUUUUUAGUUUAGGUAAACUAAAAUGUCUGAUGCCUUUGAAAGUCACAUUCAUUCCAGACCAUUAUUUCAGUGCUCCCCUUCUCAAUUAUUUCAGCUCGGAUCUAUCAUCAGAUUCUUCAUAACUUUCAAGAGCUACACCAGCAGCUUUGCCAAAUGCCUCCAUCUCAGGCCCCAGUGGAGCAGAAUAACUCACAAAUGGGCUGUCUGCACAGAGGUGGACUUAGUUGUUAAUGAAUGAUUAGUAGGCAUUGUAUCUACAUAACAUUUUUCUCAUAGAUCAGCUGUCUGUAGCUCAUUUUUAACUUAUAUCGCAUGAAAUCAAUUAAAAAAAUAUAAUUUAAAAAAUAGUAGCUGGAGGACACUGAUCAAUAGAAGAGUUACCAGUUAUUCCAGUUGGUUUAGUCAAAGUGUCUGUAAAUGUCUCACUAUUGUUACACCUCGUGUGCAGCAAUCGUACCCUAUGACUGUGGACCACAGAAAACUGAUAGAUAGAAAUGCAUCAUACUGGCUGCUAUUUUUAUGGCUUCCUGUCCCACCUCCCCUUUUUCAGUCUACCUCCAGGCCUGGGGGUUUCUUCCUUGCCUGAGGAUCUGUACCCUCUUCUCUCGGCCACCCUUGGUUUGAAGGGGGUGACACAUGACACUUCGGUGUGUUGGGAUUCUGACAACCCUCUUUUGCUUGGGCUGCAUGAACCCUGUCAGCCCUGAUUUGAAAUCAGAGUUCUUCUCAUCUUAAGCACCUGUUCUCAUGCCUAGCUGGUACAAUCUCAUCAAAACAAGUCUUCCUUUAUUUACUUCUUUGCUGUGUACCCCAAAAUAAGACAUCUAUAUUACUGUAGAUAAAUAUUCUAUAUACUGUAGAGUUUAAUGGUCACAUUUUUCAAUUAUAUCUGCACAGUCAUUAGUCUCAAUGACUUCUGAAAUCACAAUAAUGGCUUAUAUCCCCUUAUAAAAGACUUUUUCUUCACUGUGCUGUCCUAGAGUAUCAAGUAGCAUUUUGGUCCUCGUAUUUGGACAAAAUCAUAUCCUAUAUGAGGACUAACAUGCCUCAAAGCCAAGCAAAAUCAGUAAGUUUAGGUUCAGGGAGCUUCUGUGUCGUAAUCACAUGGAGAGCUGAAAGGGAUCUUUGUGCUCCUUCAAUUCUGUGGGUGUUCCAGUAUUUGCAGAGAAAACCUCCAAAGAGAACUGCAUAGAAUACUAUGGCUUCUGUCCAGAUAUAUUAGUUCAGCAAAAGCAUGUGCUUAACCUUACCCGUGUGAGUAAUCCCAUCAUUAUUCAGAGAACUACUUGAAUACAUACUUUGAUGACUGAAGAUAGGAUGACUCACAUGCUGUGGUUUUUUAUUUUGCUGAAGGCCAGACCUGGUAUUCUUCCACUGCUUUCAGACCCCCCUCCACUUCCGGAGCAGAACAACUCUCCUUAUCUGCAAGAUCUGUUGCCAAACCCCACAUGCCCUGCCUUAAACAGGGGUUUAACCAUGCGAAAAAAGAAAAUGUCAUGCAAUAGACCUAAUAAGGAAUUAAACUGCUACUGCCUGACAUUGCAACCACAUACCUCCCCUAGAGCAAGUAAUUGCAUUAUUUUGGGGUUCUUUCACACUGAUACUCCCUCUUUUAUUAGUACAAGGUUCUGUCUUAAACUCCAUAGCCUUGAGUGCUGGGGACAGUACAGUCUAACAAGACACUAAAGAACAAUUAGAAUUAAUUUUUCUACUUUCUUACCUGCCAAAUAACAGACUUGGGGGUUAUCCUGCUACGAACAGUCAAUACACGUUAUGCAUUGCUUUGACUUGAGGGAUUCAGGACCUGGUCAUCUGUAAUUGGUAUAGAUAUGAUAAAGGAAAAAAAAAAGAGAGAAAAAAGAAAAAACUUAAAUACACAUGAUAGUGUGCAGUCCUUACAGGCUCAAACUUAAUGAUGAUUCUAAAACACAGUGUAGCUUGAUGGCUUUUAAUCCUGAAAGUCAGUUCCUUCUGUCACUGAAGUCAGUUGAUAUUUGGUCUUUGAUCCAAGUGAGACCUGAAUUUCCUUGAACAAAUGAUGUUACCUUUUUCCUGGAAAUAAAAAGUUUACUGAUCUACAGGUACAUCUUUUGUGAUCUUAUGCAUUAAUAGCUUAAAGAACUCCUUGGGGUAUCCUGUUCUUUAACCUGAGGAAAUGUAUUACCAUAAAAAGGGAAAUAGCAUGUCUCUAUAUGUAUCUAGCAUUUCUGUUUGCUUGUUUUUUCCAUGUGGACAAAAGUAUGUUUAACACUAGUCAUAUGUUAUAGCAUAGACAGAGUAAAUUGAUUGCUUUCUCUUAAAUAUUCAUAGAUUAUCUAUUUUCUGUUCCUGUGGAGCAAAUUUUCUGCUCAUUGCUCAUAAAAAGAAUUCCUUUUCGUAGUUUUUCUCAGUCCUUAAGUUCUUUUAUUUGUCCGUUUGUCAUCUCUAUCUUCAUACAAAUUUGUUGUGCUGAUGUAUGUCUCUGGAGUUAAAUAAUGAUUUUUUGAGAUACUGGAUUAGAAUUCUUAUCUGUCUUAAUUGCUGGUCACUCUUGCACAAUGACAGAUGUGUUUGUCCUAAGUGUGGAAUCAUGUUUCAUUAGACAUUCUUGCAGUUUAUUAAGGACAUACUUUCUGGGUUAAAUAUAGGAAUGAGAAAAAUUAUCAUUAGUUUAAUGAUAACUAAGGAAAAAUAGUAAGUAAAUGUGUUUGAUACUUUGAAUCUGUAUUUUAAAAUAUGUGAAAAGAUGUAUUUUCUACUUUAAGAGUUCAAUUUUUUGGUGCAAAUUUCUAUAGUUUAAACAACUAUGUAGGAAAAAAAAAAAAGAUAAGCAAACUAUGUGCAGUCUGUCAAAUGCUUUGGGUGGUACCCUGACUGUCUGAACAAGGGAGUGAAUCCUGCCUGAAGGCUGAGGGCUCUUGUGUAAUGACUCUGAAGAUGGUCUGACAUCCCAGCUCUGGGAUAAAGUGAUGGACUCAUUGACGUUCUCCUCUGUCUUUCAUAGCUUAUUUUACUAUCUCCUUAGGAGCAGUCACUUAGGGAGCCUCUGCAGCAUUGGACUCAGCAACAUGUAAGGCCUGUGAGUCCCUUUCACAAGGGCUUCUAAAAAUGUGAGGUCACUUGUGUCAUGGAGGCGUGAUGCCAGAAAGACGUUUGUGGCUGCAAAAAGGAGGGUCUGGAUUCAUUCUGUGCCCUUUACAAACGUCAUAAAGAUGCCUGACUGAAUCACAGGACCAAUUCAUAGGGGAGAAAUUAAACUCAAAGAUUAAAAAAAAUAUGAGUGUUGACAAAAUAGCAAGUUUACUCUAUCAGAAAAAAUUCUAGUACAUGCAGUAAAGCAGUAUCUGCAUUGUUACAUCUCUCAGGAAGAAAGAUUAAAGCACAUCUGUGUUCUGGUAAGCCAAUAAUUUUGUAAAAGAUUCUGUAUCAGGUGGAGUGUGCAUUUUUGGUAACAUGGGGGAAGUAAGUACUCAUAGGAAGGAGUUUGUUUGCCCAGAAUAUGUGGGUUUAAUACAAUAUAUGUUAAUGGUAUUUUAAUGAGUAUUUAUUUUCUGCAAUUAUGUGCAAGAAUAAAAUCAAACACACCUUA